AUGUCUCAACAAUCUACUAACGCCCAUAUUUACAUUUAUAUGCUUGAACAAGGAUAUCGAGACGCAGCUAAAGUAUUUAAAAAAGAAGCGAGAGUUGAUUAUGAUGCUGAGGCUAGUUGUAUUGAGUGUAUUUCUGCGUGUUCUUCACAGUCAUUAGAAAAGAAAGAAGGGAUUAUAAGAAAAUCUAGUUUAGUACCAGAUAACAAAAAACCAGUAACUAAAACUGAGAAAGAAGAAAAAAAAAAAGAUAAAAAGGUAUCGAAAAAAGAAGAUGAAAAGAAAGUAUCAGAAAAAUCAACACCAAAGAAAGAUGAAAAUAAACCAAAAAAACCAAAAAAUGCUUAUUUAUUAUUUUCAUCUGAAAAGUAUCCUCAAUAUAAGAAACAAUUCCCUGAUUUAAAAAUAUCAGAGAUUGGUAAAAAAAUAGGAGUCGAAUGGAAAGAAUUACCUGAAGAACAAAAGAAAAAAUAUAUUGACCAAUAUUAUGCAUCUAAAGCAGAGUAUAAUGACAAGCUAAAAGAAUAUGAUGCACAAACAUUAAAUACUGACGAUAAAAAAGAAAAGAAAACAAAAAAAACAACAAAGAAAGAAGAUGAAAAAGAUACAGAAGAAAAAAAACCAAAAAAGGUUGAAAUUAAAAAAGAGGAUGAAAAGCCUAAAAAAGUUGAAAGUAAGAAAGAAGAAAAACCAAAGAAGGUUGAAGUUAAAAAAGAAGAAGACAAAUCUAAGAAAGUUGAAGUUAAAAAAGAAGAAGAAAAAAAGGAAGAAAAAAAAGAGAAGAAACAUUCAAAGAAAGAAGAUAAGAAAAAAGAAAAAAAAGAAGAAACGAAAAAGAAUGAAGGAAAGAAAGAAAGCGAUAAAAAAGAUGAUACAAAAAAAGACAAGAAAGUGAAGAAAUCGGAAAAGAAAGAUGAGACCAAAAAAGAGGAUGAAAAAAAACAUGAAAAGACAGAAGAAAAGAAGCCUAAAAAACUUGAAAGUGAAAAAGAAGAAAGUAAAAAAGAAAAGAAACAUUCAAAGAAAGAUGAUGAAAAAUUAAAAAAAACAGAUGACAAGAAAAAAGAUGAAGAGAAAUCAAAAAAAGUCGAAGACAAGAAAGCUAAAAAACAAAAAAAGGAUGAGUCAAGUUCAUCUGAUGAAGAUAUGAACACGGUUCUUCUUAAAAUUCAAAAAAAAAUAAAAUCGUAA